CAAAUAUUGAUGAGUUUUCGCGCUCAUUCUAUAAUUAUCAUUAGACAGCUAUGAUAACACCACAAUUUUUCUACAACACGUUCAAUAAUAUGGUGGUUAGCUCGAUUGUUCAUAGCAAUCGUCAAGCAUUUUUUAACUAAAACAAUUAAAUUUGAUCGUUUUAUUUGCUUCACUUUGUUAUAAAAUUCACACCAAGGAUAAACUAGGAUAUUAUUUAACAUGCCUACAUUAUCCGAAAGUUCGAAGCCGCCCAAUGGAGAGAAUGGUUCCCCAGAUUUGAGACAUUCACAGAAUUACUUGCCAACCAAAAACACUAUUUUACAUGAUACCAACGUUUACGAAAAUCAAAGUGAUUCAAAAGAUGAACAAUGCGUAGAAAAUCAUUUCAAAGUUGAUGGUUUAAGAAACGGUGCCGGAGUACCGGUAAAACCCAAAUAUGCUUCUGAAGCACGCAUUUGUUUUCCAAGUAAAUGGUCCAAAAACAUAGAACCAACGCUUAUGUGUAUAAACUCAUUAGAUGAUUUUUAUAAUCAGCAACAAAUAUGCGUACUUGGAUGUAAUUUGUGUGAUUCAGAAGAAAAACGGAGUUCAUUCCAUAAUCACGAAAACCAAAGUGCUAAUCAUCCUCGUCAGCAGGACCAAAACAGUAAAAGCGAUCUAUUAAAUAAACAAAUCAAUGAGUUAACUGAACGUGAAAGUUACAAAAUUAAGUGGGUUGAAAAGCGCAACGAAUAUGAAAGUGAAAUCAAAGAGUUAAUAAGAGCCAAAGAAAAGGCCACUCAGAAAAAUAUCAAGUAUGAAGAACAGAUAACCGAAUUAAAAAAUAAGCUCAGUUCAAAACAAGAACAGAUACACAAUUUAUUGAUUGAAUUAGAACAAUCUAAUCAAAGAUUAAAUGUCAUCGAAACACAAUUUAAUGCUUACAAAUUACAAACUAGUCAGAAUGAAGAGAAUUACCAAACCUUAUCGCGUGAAUUCGUGAUUAUGAAACAGUGUAAAGAGCAGGCAGAAUUGAAUGCAAAAAAUUGUGAAAACAAUCGGUUACUAUAUGAGAGACGAAUGAAAGAGUUGGACGACAAUUAUGAACAAAGUAAACAACGUUAUUAUGACGAUAUAAAAGGACUAAUGAAUCAAUUGGAUAUGGAACGUUCAAGGGCUGAUGAACUCUUGCAAAAAAUUGAACAUAAUCGCCGCCAAAAUGAAGAACAACUUAGAACCAUCGAACAAACUCAACAGAAGAAACUAGAUACAUUGUUGGAAGAUGGUCAAAAGGAGUUAAGAAAACAGCUAGCUGAAGCGAAUGAACAAAUUAAAGAGCAACAAAUAACAAUAUUUAAUCAAGAAUUAAAAAUUUCUGCAAUGGAUUCAGAUAAAAAUGAGCUCAUAAAAAUCAAUCAAAAAUCAACAGAGGAACAAUCAGAUCUUCGUGAACAAAUUAAGUUGAUUGAAAAUUUAUUAACAACAAAAGAUCAAGAUAUUUCAAUGAUGCAAUUUGAAUGCCGUCUCUAUGCUGAUAAAUUGAAACAAACUGAAUUGGAGAAAAAUCAUUUCAUCGAAAAAGAACGAUUUAUAAAACAAAGAUAUCAAAACAAAGCCAAACGUGCAUGGGAACAAUGUCAAACUACUCGUACACGUUUAAGUAGAAGACUUGUUCAUCUACGUUAUAACAGAGAUUUAUUAUCAAAACAUUUAAAGAAACAAUACGAACAAAUGAAUCGUUUGAAUAAUUUAUUUUGGGAAACUGGAUGGGCAUAUGUUCAAUCACAAAACUCUCUACAAAAUAUCAAUAGACAAGAAAAGGAAUAUGUAGAUAAAGAAAUGCAAACAAUUUUAAUUAAUAACAAGAUAAAACAACCUCAUGUGACUAUAGACCAGAUUGUACAGACUGACGCUUCACAGCCGGAUAACGAUGCUAAAGAUGACACAGUGAUAUCAUGCGCUAUCACAUGGAUUUCAAAUGAUUUAGAAAACUUGACAGGAAAGUUGGAGAAAUUGCUUAAAUAUCACGGAAAAGAAAACUCCAAUGAUCAAGACCUAGACAACGAAGAAUUUCAUAUAGGAUUUAGUGAAAAAGUAUCUCUGAUUUCACUGAUUCUUGAAUUAAAAUGCAAAGUGAAUUGGUUAAAAACGUGUUUUAAUCAAUUAACAGGAUAUACUUUUAGAAAAAACAGUGAAUUAUCAAGCAAAAAUAACUUAACUAAAUUGGAAGAUAUUAAAAGGAAUUUCGAGAGUUCGACGAGCAACUUGAAGUUGUUAUUAAGUCAAAUGGAAACUGAUGCACUAGAAGACGAAUUAUCAUGUGUCGGUAAACUAGCCCAAACAACAGCAAAUCAACUGAAACUUAGUCACUCAAGACUUGAAGAAAAUCUCGAUUCAAUAAGGACUGAUCUUAUUCGUCUAAAGGCUGAAUGUCACUAACUAUCAAUAAGAUGAAGUCGUUCGUUGGACUGAGGAUAGAUAAAACAGCAAGAAAUCCAAUCUAAUUUGUGACCUUUUAUAAAUUAUAUAUAUACGGGAUAUCUAUUAAACUAAACGGAUAAAAAUGUCAUUUGGUUUGAAUAUAACGAUCUAUCCAGACACGUAAUACCAUGAUACUCACACAUAGUUAAGACAGAAAUUGACAGACAAAUACAUCCCUGGCUUCUGUCACACUGCAGUCUAUCAUCAAGGUGUACGUUCUUAAAGUCAAAAUUCGUUAGUAUAGACACUGCAUAAGAUCUGUUUCUGCACACCAGUUUUAAGUGGAGACGAUAGGUUACAAGUUUAUUGGGACUUUAUGAUACAAACUUUUAAGGAAGUGAUACCCAGAUUUUACGAGUUAAAAUCAGCAAACGCCAUAUUUCUGAACAUUGCUUUUUACAAAAACUGUGUGACAUGAACAACUUUACUGAAUCAAUAACAUCAAAUUAAAAAACAUCAAAAACUUGAAAAAAGUUGCUCCAAAACAUUAAUGGAUGAAUGCCAGAAAUAUAAGACAGGAAGGACAACGACAAUGCUAGUCACAUCAAUGAUCCCUAUGCAACAUAUUCUUCAGUUGUUAUUGGGCAGCAAACAACAUAACGGAUUUUGAUUUAAACUAAAAUAGACAACGUAACCACUCAACACACUGGAUAAUCAUCAAACCUUUAUCAAUCUUUUGUUUCGAUAGAACAAUGAGAAUACGGAGUUCAUCUGAAAAUGUGAUAUAAUUGCGCUAUACAUUUCAAACAAUCCGGUCACACAUACUUGUCAGGGCAUUUUAUAUGAAAAUUAAUAAACGUCA